UCAAUUACGUUGUAGUCCAGCUGCUACACCAAAGAUGGCUUCCCCAAGAGCUUCCCCAAGAGCUUCAGUGUGGAGAGUGACACCCAUUCAAGAGGAACCUGAAAUGAGUCAUGAGUCAGGCACAAGAAGAAGCCUAACUUUUGGUUCAACUUUAAAUAGUACUAGCUUUGAUAAUAUGGAUGGUGUGACACCUUUAAUUGAUUUUGAUGAGUCCUUCACGGUGCAAAUUGAGUGUGAUGAGAGCACUGCUGUGGAAAAAGAAACACUCCCUGACUUUAUAUUUGAAGAAGCCGCAGCUCCAAAGGAAUGUCCAUGCAUAUGGAAGUCAGUGUGCCCCAGGUGUUCAAACCAAACCGUUCAACCUGUAAUUCAAAUCCCUGUAAGUAAAUUGUUCAGAUCAUAUUGCAUUUUACAAAUCCUCUUCUUCUUCGUCAUAUUUAAAUGUGAUUGGAGGCAGUCUUCUAGGAGUUCGUUGUAAAAAAAA